AGUAGGAGGAGUAGAAGUAGGAGGAGGAGUCUGUUUGUUGACAUCGGACGAAAACGAAAAUCAGAUGAGUGAAGACUGGUGAUAAUAACUCAAUUUCUCGCCGUCAUCAAGACACAUAGUCUUGGCGAAAGCUAAGGUCCCCUGCACUGCCCUGUCGUUGAUCUGAGCCGGAGAAGAAGAGGCUAACAUGGCAGCCAAAGCAGGAGACAACCCUGACAGCCUCAUGACUCUGGCAACGGUCUUCUGCCUGAAGAACCUCAGGAAGACCAUGUGCUACCAGGGAUUCAGGAACAAGCUCUGCCUGCGCUCAGACAUCUUCCUUCCUAGCGAAAUCUGCGACAAGCUGGUCAACACAUAUAUGGAGUUGGUCCACACAGACAGUAACUUUGAACCAGAGGAGAGCUUCUUCCAACUAUUCUCGGACCCUCGAAGCACCAGACUGACCAGGGUACAGCUGAGAGAAGACUUUGUACGUGACAGAGAUCUGGAGGCCAUUAGAAAACAGGACCUGAUUGAGCUCCACCUCACCUACUGCAAUAGUCUGUCAUCCCGCAGCUUGAAAACACUGACUUGCUUCCGUGAGACCUUGGUGUCUCUUUGUCUCUUCGGCUGCAGCCACAUCUUCUACAGGAAGGGCGGUGCCCCACUCGCCUGCAAUGAAGACACCGAGGAUGAGGAGGAGGAGAGCCCUGCUUCUAGGCAAGCAUUAGAAACGGACUUUAACUUCCAGGGGUUCAACCGCCUCAGGUUACUCAAUUUAGGCGGCCUGCCUGACGAGGUGGAUGCUGAGACCCUUCUCAAACCCCUGAAGUCACUCACCUCACUAGAUCUGUCUAAUGUACAAUUGCUGGGAACAGCUUUUCUCACCCAGUGGAAAGACAGACUGGCAUCUCUUGUUCUCUACAAUGUGGACCUGUCAGAGGAGUUGAUCAGUACAGUGGUGGAGAUUGUUAAUCUCAGGCAUCUUGACAUCUCGCGGGAGAGCAGGCGGACCUCUAAGUUUAAGAUGACCAGGAAAAUCCUGACAGCCAUUGUGCAGCGUCUGAUCAAUCUGGUGUCACUGGACAUCUCGGGUCACAUUAUGCUGGACAACUGCACAGUUCCACACUUUGAAGAAGCUAUGGGUCGGCCAAGCACUGAGCCGUGCAAGAGCAGCAUCUAUCCUUUCCAGGAGCUGAAGAGGCCCCUGCAGUUUCUGGGCUUAUAUGACACCACCCUCUGUAAUGUGACACACAUCCCUGCUUAUAAGGUGACUGGAUCAAAGAAUGAAGACCAGGUCCUGAAUGCCAUUGAGGCUUACACAGAGUUUCGCCCUGAGCUGGCCCACAGAGCCAUCAAUCAGCUGUUUGACAUCGCCAGAAUACAACACUGCAGCCAACUGCUCCGAGCUUUGCAACUUGUCAUAGCAGCAUUGAAGUGCCAUAAAUAUGAUAAGAGCAUCCAGGUGACUGGCAGCGCUGCUCUGUUCUACCUAACCAACACAGAGUAUCGCAGUGACCAGAGUGUGCGGUUGCGUAGAGAGGUCAUUCAAGUGGUACUAAAUGGAAUGGAGCAGUACCAGGAGGUCACUGUCCAGAGGAACUGCUGCUUGACUCUGUGUAACUUCAGUAUUCCAGAGGAGCUGGAGUUCCAGUACAGUCGAGUCAACCAGUUGCUGCUGAAAAUCCUGGAGCCAGCCAGGCAGGAUGAGUCCAUCCAAAGAAUUGCUGUGCACCUCUGCAACGCUUUGGUCUGUCAGGUGGACAACCAUCACAAGGAAGCUGUGGGAAAGAUGGGAUUUGUCAAGACAAUGCUGAAUUUAAUUCAGAAGAAGCUGCAGGACAGAAUGUGUGACCAGGUGAUGGAGUUUUCCUGGAGUGCUCUGUGGAACAUCACUGAUGAGACGCCCGACAACUGUCAGAUGUUCCUCAACUGUCGGGGCAUGAGUCUCUUUCUGGAGUGUCUACAGGAGUUUCCAGACAAGCAGGAGCUUCACCGCAACAUGUUGGGGCUUUUGGGAAAUGUUGCUGAGGUCAAAGCACUGAGGCCACAGCUGCUUACCCCACAGUUCAUCACUGUAUUCAGUAACCUGCUGGACAGUAAGGCAGAUGGAAUCGAGGUGUCGUACAAUGCAUGUGGCGUGCUUUCACACAUCAUGUUUGAUGGGCCGGAGGUUUGGUCGAUGGAAGAGCCGCAAAGAGACACAGUGAUGGACAAGAUGUGGGACGCCAUCCAGAGCUGGGACGUCAGCUCACGCCGCAACAUCAACUACAGGUCAUUUGAGCCCAUCCUGCGACUGCUGCCCCAGAGCAUCUCUCCUGUCAGUCAGCACUGGGCCACGUGGGCUCUCUACAACCUUGUGUCAGUUUACCCAAGCAAGUAUUGUCCCCUGCUGAUAAAGGAAGGAGGAAUAAGUCUUCUAGAGAAAGUUCUGGAACUGGGGAGCUCACAGCCAGAGACCAAGGACAUGGCCAGCAAAGUAAUGGAGCAGUGUGAAAACUUCAAAGAAGACCCCAUGGAAACAAAUCAUGGGCAGGAGGUAAACUAUGGACAAAGAGGUUGACACCACAGGAGCCAUGAUUCCCGGCAAACAUUAAGCUAAACAACCUAAGGCCCCUCCUACUGUCAUCACCACAAGGGUCAAUUGUGUGCAUUAUUCUUAUCAUUCUUAUUAUUUUGUAGAGCAGAAAUGUGUCUCCGACCCUCUUCACAGCAGUUUGGACAAAACCUUAAUAUAUGACACAUAGGACUUAAGAUGUGGUGCGUGGUGUUUUUUGUUGUGAGGGUGCUUACCUUUGCUGCACAUAAGCAUCUCUUCUGUUGGGACAGGUUUGUGGGGGUGGGCGACUGUAAUCUCUCAGUGUGUGUGUGUGUGUGUGUGUGUGUGUGUGUGUGUGUGUGUGUGUGUGUCAAUGAUUAUCAACAGAACAAAACAGUUGGAGUGAUGCUUGGUUCUCAGUGGAAGGAAACGAAAGCCCUCCCAAGCUCACUACCGUUAACUGUGUAACAUUGAACAAAAGGCUAAAAGCUGUGUAGUGUCCUGCACCGCCAUCAGAGGUCUCGGCUCUCAUGCUGCUCUCUCACAGUUGCUCAUGCUUGUGGAGGCCUCUGAGCUGUUGACACAUGUACAGUGAAAACUAGCCAUUAUGUGUGUAGGCUGCAGAGAAGCAUCACACUGAUGUUGAUGGGAGGGAAGUCUUCCCAGACCUUGUGGCACAAUGAUGGACUUCUUUGUUAUAUAUGUAAAUAUUCUCUGUUUGUCUCAUCCUUUUACUGUGUGUAUGUUUUAUAAUAUAACUGUAAACACUCAUGACUUUACUCUCUAUUUAAAUUUGUUUAGGUUUGACUAAGUGCUAAGAAACUAUAUACAGAAUACCCAAUGAUUCAAAACUCAGUUCUUAAAAGGAUCAUUUAGAUUUAGUUCAGCCUUGCUUCUGUUUUAAUUGUCUGGCAUCUUAACCUGAUUCUGUUGGUUCUUCUUACUGGAAGCACUAGUGAGUUUCAACUAUGAGGGAGGUAAAAACACCCAAAGCAAAUACACUAUAUGGCCCAAAGUAUGUGGACACUACCAGCCGUGUGCACAAAGCCAGGUCCAUAAAGAAAUGGUUUUCCCAGUUUGCUGUGGAAGAACUUGACUGACCUGCAAAGCGCCCUGACCAACCCCAUCCAACACAUUUGGGAUGAACUGGAGCACCAACUGCAACAUAACAUCCAACAGUGUUGGACCUCACUAAUGCUCUUGUGGCUGAAUGGGGGAGCAAAUCCCUGCAGCAGGUUCAAUAUUUGAUGGAAAGCCUGAAACCAGAAGAGUAGAGGCUGCAACAGUUUGGUGCCCAUGGUUUUGGAAUUACCUGUUCAACUAUCACUUAUAAAAUCGAUGCAGCAGAACCAGAGAUAUCAUCUUUUUUAUUCCACACAUUCUUCCAAAACCUGGUGUCUACAUUACCAACAGUGCAACGUGGCUGCCCACAGUUUGGUCUGAGAUUCAGCUGUGUUAUGCUAGUAGCGGCUAAUGUAGCCUGGAGCCUCCAGCCUGCAGCAGAGAUGAGCAGCAGCUACAGAGGUCUGGUAAGCUCACUUCUUUCUAACUCCACAUCCCCAGAUUUUUUUCAUUUUCAAACUUGUAGUCUUCAGCCCCAACCAACACUGACUCAAGUGGCAUCACUUGAAGGCAGGAUUUCACACUGUUGUCGUGACUCAGUGGUUCAACAUAUAUAAAGGUUAUGGACAUGUAACAGUUCUUAAAGCUGUCUCUAGUGUUUUGCCUUCAAGCUCAACAGUGCUUCCAGUGGUCAAGUAUGGUGCUCGAUAAUCAAAAAGACAAGGCUGAAGGAAACAGUUAACCUUUAACAACACCUGAUUUUUACUGGUUGGUCAAAAUGCUGCUAAGUAACUGCUUCACUUAAACACUUCUUCUAGUACCCAGGGUACUAUACUAACAUUAAACAGCAGAUGAAGCAAUAACUGAUGGGAGAAAAAUAAAGUGCGUUGAUAUGUAUUUAAAGUUGAUGAUCUUUUAGUGUCUGGCUCAGAGGUAUCAUGAUCACAUGGAGGGAGUGAUUCAGUGGUUUGACUGCAUACAGAAGAAUCAAGUUUGAUCCCCACCUCUGCUGAACGGAAAUUUCUACUGAGCUAUCACAGCUCUCACCCUCACUUAAACCAACUUGUUUUGGUGUAUUUUGACUGCGCCUUUUUCUAAACCCAAAUCAAAGUCUGACUUUAUUCACUGUUGUGACCUUAAAGGUGCCCUGUGGAGUUUUCUUGCAAACAAAGACAUUUAUGUUUACAUUUGAUGUUUCUCACCAAAACUCACUGUGUGUAUGCUUGAGGCCUAACAAACAUUUUGAAUGCCUUUUCUCGUAAUAUUUUAAAAGCUGAUUUUUUUUUUUUUCAUUUAAUUUUGCCACCUGAACAUGUUUGCUAGCGCACAGUAUUCUUCUUCUUUGCUGGGACAUUGCUGUUUCUUGCUACCAACUGUCUAUAAAUGGAAUAGUGUACUGUAAAACUGUCACACACAUACAUAUAGCUCUGCCCACGUGCUCUUGUAUGUGGGUCCUUUUAUGUGAGCUCAAGUUACAAACUAAAUAGUGACCUACUCAUCAAAACUCAACAAAAGCUCCACAGCACUACUAGUGGUUAAAAACUCCACAGGGUACGUUUUAAGCUGACCCUAACUAACUAGUUUCUUCACUGGCAUUUCUCACAUGUCGCUGAGAUCAUUUACAGGAAGUGUUGUAUUAGGACACUCUUCUGCAAACAGCACUGACUAUAAAUGCCCCACAUGAGAAAGUGUUCGCUUGGCUAUCAAAGGCAGCGUCUUACAUUCAGAACUACAAAAUCAAAAUCUCAACAGUAGCUGUCUGAAUGGGGAGCAAUUACUUUUCGUUUAGAGAGCAGAUUACCUGUCGUACAUAUUCAUUUUCAUACCAGCGAGGCAUGGCAAAUACACAGAAUAUUACUGUUUUUAAUAGCUUGUUUUAAUGCUUUAAUUAUAGACUGCAUUUUAGUUAAGUUCAGAAGUACAACAGACAGGCAUAUGUUUUUCAUCAUUUACCAUAACCACUUCAGCAGUAACACACACCAGAUUUGGGACAGUUACUGUAUGCUGGGAUUGGAGUUGCCUUUCUAUCCUUAACAGGAGUUUUGACAUUCAGAGCACAGUUAAGUUAUAAAAAACAUAAAUAGAUUCACAGUACUAUGAAUCAAAUAUGGAAGGUUUCUUAUUUACGUCUCCUUGCCUUAUGGUAGUGAGUGGAAAAAUGAUGAGGGUUUAAUUCUAGUGAUAGUUGUAAUUUAAAUGUUUUUUCUGUGUUGGCGUGGGCUUCAACUAAUGAUUAUUUCCAUUAUUGAUUAAUCUAUUGAAAUCAGAUGUUUUGUCCAGAUCCCAGAGCUAUUCAAUUUACAAUGGUAUUAAACAAAGAAAUGAAGCAUUUAUUAAUUAUCGAAUUGUUGCAGAUUUAAAUUUCUGUCAAUCAACACUUGAGCACAGUUUCAUAUAUGUACUCUGUUUAAAUACCGUUUUCAGGUCAGUGCUACAGUAUGUUCCCACCUUGGCUUAAUUCUUAGAACAUUGCAUUGCUGCCAUUUUAACUGAGUUUCCCAUUAAAUGAAUGAGCAGUUUGAGCAGGGACAAAGACUCACUUGGCCCACAGUGCUGAUUCUGACUCGGAUUUGGAUGGUGGGUGGGAGCGCAAAGCUUUCAUUCACAUACAUUUAAUUCAUUGCGUAAUGAGUUCAUUGCCUAAACCAGGGACUGCCAGAACCUUAAAAUUCACGCCAGUGAAGGAACAUACAUCACCAAUCAUACUGCAUAACAACAUUCAAAAGGUUUUCUCCUCCAACUGUAAAAUGUGUGAACCAGGUCAGGCAUAGUGCACAGUGGUUUCUAAUAUGUAGCACACUGGCACCACAGUGUGUGUAGCUCGAGCUGGUUCCCGGUAUCAGCCUCUGUACAGUGUGUCAUUCAGAGUCUCCUACAUAAAUACAGUACAAGGACUAUGUUCAUGAGUGAGUGUUUUUUAACUUAUUUCAUAUCAGCUGUGUUGGGUUUACCCACUGACCUGAUUUCCUGGUUCUCAUGUACAGUUUUUCUUUGUGUGAUUUGUGGGAAUCUGAUUGGCACAGCUCUGUUUCUAUUGCUAUUUCACAGUCAUGGUGGAAAUUAGUGUUCAAGUAGGCAGUGGUGUGAAAUGAAAAGCUUUAGUAGAGACUCUCUUAAUUUUCUCUUAGUUUCUGUCUGGAGUUCAAAUGUGUGAAUAUGAAGAGGAUUUACCACGCUUUCACAUAUGAUCAAAACAAAAUCUUGUGAGUUUUUAAUUCUUAAGAAUCACGGUGUUUGAUUAGAGCCUAGCAGAGGUGUGGACUUCUCUCUAGAGAAAGUAGAUCAGUUGAACAUCACCUAUUGUUUUUAAUUUGGAGUCACUGAAUGUUUCAAUUUAUGCUUUCCAGGAAAUAAUGUCUAGAACUAAAAAAACAUGGAUGGCAGUGACAGCAGAUAGCUACUGUUGGGGGUUGAUUGUUAUUUAUAAAGGUGUAUGUGCUGAAAAAAGUUAAAGUGAAAUACUGCUUCAGGGGAACUGCUGUGUCAUUUCAUCUACUAAUUUCUGUUUCUGAAGUCUGUCGACACUUCGUUACUCAUUUCUUUUGUAACUGCUGAUAAGUGUAAUCCAAAAUGGAGUGAGGGAUAUUUGAUUCAAACAUUAUGGAAUUCCAAUUUUUCCUGAUCUAAAUAGUACCAGGCCAUUAGUGUAAAGAUAUGAAUAAGCAAUAAAGAUGGAGUGGUAAAAAAA